AUGGAAGAAGACGGUGGAGAGGGUUCGAGCUUCCUCGUCAGCAUCAUCGAAAAUAGAGCGAAAGAGGUUGGAUUAGCUGCUUUUGAUUUGAGGUCUGCUUCACUGCACCUUUCACAAUAUAUUGAAACUAGCAGUCUGUAUGAAAACACGAAGACAUUGCUGCAUUUCUAUGAUCCCAUUGUUAUCAUUGUUCCUCCAAACAAGUCAGCUUCCAAUUCUACAAGUGCAGUUACAGAAUUGGUUGAUAGAUUUUAUGGUUCGGCCAAGAAGGUACUGUUGUCCCGUGGCUGUUUCGACGAUACAAAGGGCGCUAUCUUAAUAAAAAACCUAGCCGUGAGGGAUCCUUCAGCACUUGGUUUGGACACUUAUUACAAGCAGUAUUAUCUGUGCUUGGCCGCUGCCGCCGCCGUUUUAAAGUGGACAGAAGCAGAAAAAGGGGUGGUUGUUACCAAUCACUCGUUGUCGGUCACCUUUAAUGGAACAUUUGACCACAUGAAUAUUGAUGCGACCAGCGUCCAAAAUUUGGAAAUUAUUGAGCCGUUUCAUUCUGCCCUACUGGGAACAAGCAACAAAAAGAGAAGUUUGUUUCACAUGCUCAAGACAACUAAAACUAUUGGAGGGACUAGGCUCCUUCGUGCCAAUUUGUUGCAGCCUCUAAAAGACAUCGAAACAAUCAAUGCUCGUCUAGAUUGCCUAGAUGAACUGAUGAACAACGAACAACUAUUUUUUGCCCUCUGUCAGGUUUUACGUAAAUUUCCAAAAGAGACUGAUAGGGUUUUAUGCCACUUCUGCUUUAAGCCGAAGAAAGUUACAAUUCAGGCCAUGUCAGUUGAUCGUGCUAAAAAGAGUCAAGUGCUAGUAUCAAGUGUAAUCCUCCUUAAAACUGCUUUAGAUGCUCUUCCAUUACUGUCUAAGGCGCUUAAGGAUGCUAAGAGUUUGCUUCUUUCAAAUAUCUACAAGUCUGUUUGUGAAAAUGAAAAAUAUGAUCUUAUUAAGAAAAGGAUAGAGGAAGUUAUUGAUGAAGAUGUGCUUCAUGCACGGGUUCCUUUUGUUGCCUGCACUCAGCAAUGCUUUGCUGUUAAGGCUGAAAUUGAUGGUCUCUUGGAUAUUUCACGAAGAUCAUUUUGUGAAACCAGUGAAGCUAUCCACACUCUUGCAAACAACUAUCGAGAGCAUUUCAAAUUGCCAAAUUUAAAGCUUACUUUCAAAAACAGGCAGGGAUUCCACUUUAUUAUACCACAGAAGAAUAUUCAAGGAAAGCUUCCAAGCAAGUUCAUUCAGAUUGUAAAACAUGGGAACAACAUUCAUUGCUCCACUUUGGAACUAGCAUCUUUGAACGCUAGGAAUAAAUCUGCAGCUGCAGAAUGCUAUACAAGAACAGAAGUUUGUCUAGAAGAACUAAUGGAUGCGAUCCGUGAGAAUGUGUCUGCAUUGACACUGCUAGCUGAGAUGCUGUGUUUGUUAGAUAUGAUUGUUAACUCAUUUUCUCAUAUGAUUUCGACUAAGCCUGUGGAUCAAUAUACAAGACCAGAAUUUACGGAAAAUGGGCCAAUGGCAAUUGAUGCUGGUAGACACCCAAUUUUGGAGAGCAUACACAAUGACUUUGUUGCCAACAAUUUAUUUCUGUCAGAAGCCUCAAACAUGGUGAUUGUGACAGGACCCAAUAUGAGCGGAAAGAGUACUUUCCUUCAACAAGUGUGUCUCAUAGUUAUUCUUGCUCAAGUUGGGUGUUAUGUUCCUGCCCGCUUCUCGACUCUGAGGGUAGUUGAUCGUGUUUUCACAAGGAUGGGUGCACUUGAUAAUCUUGAAUCAAACUCUAGCACGUUCAUGACAGAAAUGAAGGAGACAGCUUUUAUCAUGCAAAAUGUUUCACAGAGGAGUCUGAUUGUUAUGGAUGAACUUGGUAGGGCUACUUCUUCAUCUGAUGGAUUUGCAAUUGCUUGGAGCUGCUGCGAACAUCUUUUGUCACUUACAGCGUAUACCAUAUUUGCCACUCAUAUGGAAAAUAUCUCGGAAUUAGCAACAAUAUAUCCUAACGUGAAAAUUCAUCACUUUCAUGUUGAAUUAAAAAACAACCAUUUGGAGUUCAAGUUUCAACUUAAGGAAGGACCGAAGCAUAUACCCCAUUAUGGGCUUCUCUUAGCAGAAGUGGCAGGAUUGCCAAGUUCGGUUAUUGAGACUGCCAGAAUGAUCACAUCAAAGAUUUCAGAAAAGGAAAAGAAAAGAAUGGAGAUCAACUGCUUGCAGAAUCACUCAAUCCAGAAUGCUUAUCAUGUUGCACAAAGAUUGUUAUGCCUGAAAUAUUCCAAUCAAGAUGAGGAUACAAUUCGGCAAGCUUUGCAUAAUCUCAAGGAAUACUGUGUCAAACAAAAGCUUUAA